AUGGCUCUGCGGUUCUUGGUGGUCAUGGGGUUCUUCUUUGCUGCUGCGGCGGCCGCUGCGGCACCGCGGCCGGAGCCGGAGGUGAAGCCGAGCGACACGGACGCGCUGGCCAUGUUCCGCCACGCAGCCGACGCGCACGGCAUCCUGGCCGCCAACUGGAGCACGCCCGACGCCUGCGCCGGCCGCUGGACCGGCGUGGGGUGCUCCUCCGACGGCCGCCGCGUCACCUCGCUCUCCCUCGCGUCGCUCGACCUGCGCGGCUCCCUCGACCCGCUCUCCCACCUCGCCGAGCUCCGCGCGCUCGACCUCCGCGGGAACCGCCUCAACGGCACCCUCGACGCGCUCCUCCGCGGCACCCCCAACCUCAGGCUCCUCUACCUCUCCCGCAACGACCUCUCCGGCGCCGUCCCGGACGCCCUCGCGCGGCUCCCCGGCCUCGUCCGCCUCGACCUCGCCGACAACAGCCUGCGCGGGCCCAUCCCCGCCGCCGCGCUCGCCAACCUCUCCGCCCUCCUCACCCUCAGGCUCCAGGACAACCUCCUCACCGGCCUGCUCCCGGACGUCGCCGCCGCCCUGCCCCGCCUCGCCGACUUCAACGCCUCCAACAACCAGCUCUCCGGCAGGGUGCCCGACGCUGUGCGCGCCAAGUUCGGCCUCGCCUCCUUCGCUGGUAACGCCGGCCUCUGCGGGCUGGCGCCGCCGCUGCCGUCCUGCUCUUUCAUGCCGCGCGAGCCUGCCCCGACCUCGCCGUCCACCACCCCAGCCUCCUCCUCCUCGCAGUCCGUGGUGCCGUCCAACCCGGCUGCCUCCUCCUCGUCGUCUUCCGUUGCUUCGUCCUCACCGGCACUGGCCACACCCGAGGGAGGAGCUGGCAAGGGGGGCCUGAGCACUGGCGCCAUUGCCGGGAUAGCCGUCGGAAAUGGCCUCUUCUUGCUCGCACUGCUCUCGCUUCUCGUCGCGUACUGCUGCUGCAGCGCCGGCGGUGGUAGCGAGACGGCCAAGAAGAGGAAAAGAGGCGGCCGCGUGGGCCUGGAGGACGGAGACGGCGGGAUGUUCGGCAAAGGGAUGCAGCCAGCUCGCCCAGGCAGCGCGGGCCGGUGCAGCGACGGCGGCGACAGCGACGGAGCACGCAGCAAGCUGGUGUUCUUCGGAGUGGACGGCGAAGGCGGCGGCAAUGACGACGCUGACGACGACGGGGGCAGCGACAGCAGCGCCGGCCGGAGGGCGAGUGGUGGCUGGACAUCGCAACAGCAGGGGAGGAGGAGCAAGUUCGAGCUGGAGGAGCUGCUUCGCGCGUCGGCGGAGAUGGUCGGCCGUGGCAGCCUCGGGACCGUGUACCGCGCGGCGCUGGGCGACGGCCGCAUGGUGGCCGUGAAGCGGCUGCGCGACGCCAACCCCUGCGCCCGCGACGAGUUCCACCGGUACAUGGACCUCAUCGGCCGUCUCCGCCACCCGAAUCUCGUCCCCCUCAGGGCAUUCUACUACGCCAAGCAGGAGAAGCUCCUCAUCUACGACUGCCUCCCAAACGGCAACCUCCAUGAUCGCCUCCACGGACACCAGAUGUCAGGAGAAACGCCGCUGGACUGGACGACGAGGGUGAGGCUGCUGCUCGGCGCGGCGCGCGGGCUGGCGUGCAUCCACCGGGAGUACCGCGACUCUGCCAUACCCCACGGCAACGUCAAGUCCACCAACGUCCUGCUCGACAAGAACGGCGACGCCUGCGUCGCGGACUUCGGCCUGGCGCUGCUGCUCAGCCCUGCGCACGCCAUCGCUCGCCUCGGCGGCUACAUCGCGCCGGAGCAGGCGGGCGACCACAAGCGCCUCUCGCAGGAGGCGGACGUGUACAGUUUCGGCGUCCUCGUCCUGGAGGCACUGACCGGGAAGGUGCCGGCGCAGCACCUGCAGCCGCUGCCGGACGCCGCCGGUGGCCACGGACAGAGGAAAGACAAACAGGCGGCGGUGAGCCUCCCUGAGUGGGUGCGGUCAGUGGUUCGGGAGGAAUGGACGGCGGAGGUGUUCGACGUGGAGCUGCUCCGGUACAAAAACAUCGAGGAGGAGAUGGUGGCGGUGCUGCACAUCGCGCUCGCGUGCGUGGCACUGCUGCCGGAGCAGAGGCCCUCCAUGGCCGAUGUGGUGAAGAUGAUUGAGAGCGUGCCCGUGGAUCAGUCGCCGCUCCCGGAGGAGGACAUCUCGAUGUCGCCGUCCAUCGGCAUCACCACGGACGACGGUGUCAGCUACUAG